AUGGAUAAAAGUCAGAGUUCGAAUGACGCUUCCAGUGCUGAAUCCAGUUCUAUUAAGCCUACAACUGCACCUCGCCCAACAACACUAAAUAUACUGCUGGACAAUACAAUAAAAAGUCCAGCAUUGUCAUCUUUCCUGACACCUUCUCUAGAAGAACUCCAACCGAUUUUACGUUCAGAGGUAGAAAAAAUCCUUCAACAUCUAAAAGCGUCUCCUCAAACUCCUGGAAGCUUUCUCAAUCCUAAGCAUGUUACUGAAGAACAAGAGAGGUUCGCUAAUGUUUUUACUCAGAAGUUGAAUGAGCUACGGGAUGCAUCUAGUCUGGCCUCUCUGACUGCGGCUCUCAGUCCUGUUACUUCUGCCGUAAAUAAUAGUGGUUUGUACAAUAUCAAUUUGGCUGAUUUCAACUCUCAAAAUCUACCAAACUUUGCCGAACUAUGUCGUCAAGCAAGUCAAAGUGGAAUCAACACAACUCCAGCAUCUAUACUCUUUUACUCUCCAGCUUGCUUCGAUGCGCAGUCAUUCCCUAGUGUUCAGACUGUUACUCCAGGUCUUGUUGCUUUUCAGCCACAAACUGAUUCGGUCAACUCAACGUCUGAACAGAGUAUCACACUAACGAAUUUGCAAAAUUCACUUUCUAUUUCUCUCCCCAAUACUGCUCAACCGGCCACGGAUAGUGAAGUUACAACUGUUCAACUGCCUAACGGGUUGCGUCUUGGUAUCACAACCAAUGGCGCUUCACAAGCGUCAGUUCUUCAGAUGCUAGGUAUUGAGCCCCAACCAGAGCUUGUCCAUCAUGCUCAUAUUCAGAACCAAUCUUUGGAUCCGUCUCUUUGGCCUUUAAACAUACAAACAAAUCUACCGCCUAACGACACUUCCGAUAGUCGUCGUACAGCUUCAGCAAGUUCACUACAAGACCCUGAUGAUGCUCGUCCUUCUUCAGUAGACAUUAAUUUAGAGCAAAAUGAUCCGAUGCGAAACGUCAGAUCAUCUUCCGUCUCUUCUGUUUCUUCUUCGUCUCAAGGAAAUAGUUCUAGGAACGUCGCGGUUUCUAACCUCAAGGACACACGUUUGGAUCCCACUGAGCAGUCGCGCAUGCGGUUAGAGCGGAAGAGAGCGAGAAACCGUGAUGCGGCUCGUAAAUGUAGGGAACGAAAGAUUCGUUUGAUCAAAAGUUUGGAGAAAGACGUGAUUCAUCUCUCUGAAGAAAACAGGGCGUUGCGUAAUCGAUUAUCUCGCAGCAGAAUUGAAGUAGAACGUCUGAAAAUGUUUGUUGUCAAUCAUCUUGACAAGGACUGUCCUGCUUUAUCUAGUAAGGUAGCAUAAAUUCCUCCUCAUUAGUAACUAGUUUGAUUUUGUCUUAACAAUCCUCCUGCUUUCUUAUUUUUUGUGUGAAGCGCCAAUCGGUAAUAAGUUAUUUAAUUUCGUGUGGUAUUUACAAGUAUUAUCAGUCUAAUUUUACCUUGCUUUUCGCCAUCCAAACUACAUUAACUAGUGACUUUUCAUAUGUGAUUUUGUUCUGUGCACUCAUUUAUUUGAUAAUAUUCGCACUUCGGUUCCAUUGUACAGACUCAUCUACCUCAUCGCUUUUGGCAUCUAAAAACUAUCCUAUUAUAAGUCAGAUUUUUGUUUGAUAUUUACUAACCUGUUGUUCAAAGAUUAUCUUG